AUGAUCAGAGAGAACCUGACGUGGUCUGAAGCUCUGAGAUACUGCAGACAGAAUCAUGUGGAUCUGGUCUCGGUUCAUUCGGAAGAGAUUCAGCGUCGUGUGAUGAACGUGGUUAAACGGGCGUCUACUGCGGCGGUGUGGUUGGGCUUGCACAACUACUGCAGCAUGAACAUGUGGCUCUGGGUGAGCGGAGAGAUGGUGUGCUAUCAGAACUGGGCUCCAGGGAACGGAACGACGCCGGAAAACUGCAGCCUCGAGAACAGAAAAGGAGCGCUUCAGUCUGGAGGAGAUCAGCGCUGGAUCAGCCUUCCUGAAACUCACAAACUCAACUUCAUCUGCAGCAGAUAUUAA